AUGUUUGCUUCUCGAGGACUUACAUCGACACAAACUGGUCAUCGGUGUGCAUCAUCAGCUAAAUUUACGAGCACAAGAGAACUAAAUCAUGAUAGAGAAUGUGUGCGAAUAUCUGAAAUUGAAGAUGAAAAACAUCCAAUUCGGAGUUUAGCUUGCGCUCUUUUGUCUGCUGUAUUUUGUCCAAUUUUAGGAUUUAUUGCUUUAUUUUAUGCUAUACGUGCUGUACGAACAUUUAAUCAAGGAUUUUAUGCUGAAGCAACAAUAUUUUAUAAAAAAGCAAUUCGAUGGUCAUUGAUAACAUUUGUUAUUGGUCUUACAAUUGGCUCAAUAAUUUUAUUUAGCAUUUUCGUUAAGAUUGUUCUCUUCAUUUAA